GAACCCGGAAGUGAGCCGGGGGCUUGGCCUCUCCCCGGCCUGGCAGCCGGGAGCGGGAGGUGUAACUUAAGAAGGGUCCAGCAGAGGACCCCGGGCAGGGCCCGGGCCAGGGGUCCACGAUGCUGAACGUCCCUUCCCAGUCUUUUCCGGCCAGCAGCUCGCAGCAGCGCGUCGCCUCCGGGGGGCGUAGCAAGGUACCUCUAAAACAGGGCAGAAGUCUUAUGGAUUGGAUUCGACUGACCAAAAGUGGAAAGGACCUAACAGGAUUAAAAGGCAGGUUAAUUGAGGUAACUGAAGAAGAACUUAAAAAACACAACAAAAAAGAUGAUUGUUGGAUAUGCAUAAGAGGGCUUGUAUAUAAUGUCAGCCCAUAUAUGGAGUAUCAUCCUGGUGGAGAAGAUGAACUUAUGAGAGCAGCAGGGUUGGACGGCACGGACCUUUUUGAUCAGGUUCAUCGUUGGGUCAAUUACGAAUCCAUGCUGAGAGAAUGUCUGGUUGGCAGAAUGGCAGUUAAACCUGCUCUUCCUAAAGACUGUCGUGAGGAAAAGAAAGUAUUAAAUGGCAUGCUUCCUAAGAGCCAAGUGACAGACACACUUGCCAUAGAAGGCCCUAUUUCUCCAAGCUAUGACUGGUUCCAAACAGACUCAUCAGUCACCAUUGUCAUAUAUACGAAACAGAAGGAUAUCAAUUUAGACUCAAUAAUAGUUGAUCAUCAGUGUGAUACCUUUAGAGCAGAAACAGUCAUCAAGGAUUAUUCAUAUCUUAUACAUAUUGGGCUAAGCCAUGAGAUUCAAGAAGAUUUUUCUGUGAGGGUUGUUGAGAAUGUGGGAAAGAUAGAGAUUGUCCUAAAGAAAAAGAAGAACACUUCUUGGGACUGUCUCGGUUAUCCCCUGGAGAAUCAUAAUUCAUUUAUUCCAAAGAAAGAUACAGGUUUGUACUACAGAAAGUGCCAGUUAAUUUCCAAGGAAAGUGUUACUCACGAUACGAAGUUUUUCUGUCUGAUGCUGCCACGGAGCACUCAUCUUCAGGUGCCAAUUGGGCAACAUGUUUACCUCAAGCUAACUAUUACAGGAACAGAAAUAGUGAAGCCAUAUACACCUGUGUCUGAUUCCUUACUCUCAGAGUUCAAGGAACCAGUUCUUCCCAACAAUAAAUACAUCUACUUUCUGAUCAAAAUCUAUCCUGCUGGAUUCUUCACACCAGAGCUUGAUCAUCUUCAGAUUGGAGAUUUUGUUUCUGUAAGCAGUCCUGAGGGCAAUUUUAAAAUAUCCCAGUUCCAAGAAUUAGAAGACCUCUUUUUGUUGGCAGCUGGAACAGGCUUCACAUCAAUGAUUAAAAUACUGAAUUAUGCCUUGAAUAAUAUACCCAGUCUCAGGAAAGCAAAGCUGAUGUUCUUCAAUAAAACAGAAGAUGAUAUAAUUUGGAGAAGCCAAUUGGAGAAAUUAUCAUGUAAAGAUAAAAGAUUUGAAGUUGAAUUUGUUCUCUCAGCACCUACUUCUGAAUGGAAUGGCAAAAAGGGAUACAUUUCAUCAGGUCUUCUUUCUGAAUUUUUGAAAAGAAGUUCAGACAGAUCCAAAGUUCUCAUCUGCAUUUGUGGACCUGUGCCAUUUACAGCAAAAGGAAUAAGGUUGCUGCACGAUCUUAACUUUUCCAAAGAUGAGAUCCAUAGUUUUAUGGAAUAAUGAAGAGCCGUCAUUGUCUUUUAUUCGACUGUUUUACCUACAUUUGUGAUUGCUUAGGGUUUUUUAAAACAGCAUUUUUUUAUAUGCUAAAAGGUUAACUAGACUCCAGACUUCAGUUUCUUAAAUGAAAUCAAAUAUUCCUUCUGUAUAGAUAACCUAUGGCUUUAUUUUAUACCAUAACUUAUUUUACUACUGAUAUUGGACCAGGAAAGUCAGUCAUGGCAACAAACCCUUACAGGUGGUUUGUUAUGAAUCACAAAGCUCCUUGCCAUUUAAAUUGUAUCACUAUUCUACAAUGAGCUCCUGUGUUUUAUGACAUGAUAAAGUAAAUGGUCAUUUUGAUCAUGUUUCUAUGCUGUAAAAAGUCUUAGCAAUACAGAUUAAAUUUUACAUUGCACUGUCAACUCAGGAAAUGAUCAUUUAUGUUCUUGUUAUAAAUAUUAAAACAUGGAAUGUUUUAACUUAUUAAGUAAUCUAAAAUGUUGUGUGUGUAUAUGUGUGUAUGGCACUGGUACAGAGUAGAAUAAAAAUAUACUUAAGUACUUUUUAAUCCUUGUCCUAGAAAUGUGUUUGAAUACAACAAUAUUGGGUCUGUGUCUAAGGGAAAUUUUUAAAGGCAACAGUAAAAGAUAUUGGAGAUGCUUCACAUGCACAGCUUGAAUCAGGUGUGUGAGAGAGUUUAUGAGAACCUUGACAGCUGUUUUCUUCUUAGCCAAAUCCAGAGGCCUUGGGAAAGAUAAUGAAAGCGUAGCCUCUGGCCCCAUGGCCUAAAAUAAUCAUUUGAUGCUUUGGAGUGUUUUAAACUUCAAUUCUUUUCAAGCCCACCCAGACCAGCUAGAAAAAUCAGAAACACUGUGUCCUAAGUGGUCCUUUCCCUGGAUGGCUGCUUUCUCACAGCUGGUAAAGCAGCAGGGAGUCCUCUUGUGCCCGGGGCGGGGGGCACUUAGUCUCCCUCCCUGCUGUGUGCACAGCCUUCACGUUUCUUUCCCAGGCUGGGAUUCAGAAAGAGUAUCAGGAAAAGUCUGUGUGAGCUUUCAGGAGGAAACUGUUGAAUGCUGAGGUGGCUAUUGAAUAAGCUAAUAGAUUUUUCAGUCUUGUUUAAGAUAGCAGCAAUGUUUUCACAGAAAUAGGGCAGUGGGGAGAGUAUCCAAUUCCUCUGUAAAUGAUUUUGUAAUAGCUAAGACUUCAGUGAAUAUACUUAAGUAUAUUUGCAUGUAUAUAUGCAUUUGCGUCCAAGAGGAAUACAGUAUUAACAUUGCUCAAAUUGCUAACACCAGUUUA